CCGCGCUGUUCGCUGUGGUGAAUUAGCUUUGACAUCUUUCUCAUUAUGGCUGGGUUAUUUGGAAACAAGAAAAAGCCGAAAGAAAAGAUCUGGUACGAAAACAACAACCGCACGUAUUAUGGCAUUCCUGGGGAAACAAAGGAUUUUGUGCUCGGGUUCACCUUGGAAAUUAUUCAGACUGUUUGCGCUGGACCGACUGAGCAAGGUGGAUUUUUUUGCAAUCUCCGGCACAUGAACCAUCGAGAACGAGAAUUUAUGUGCUUCAUCAGCACGAGCGCGUUCCAUAAAGAAAGUCAAUUCCUAAAUGAGAUUUCGUUUACCGAGGGAAUGCCGCCUGUGGAUGCCACAAACAUGACGAUAAAGCUGCUCGGAUCGUAUUACAAGUGGAAGAAUGAAGACUUCGUCAAGUAA